CUGAUCCACCUGAGGCACACACCUCGCUUGUGUGGUUGUUCCAUACACCAUCCAAGCUUUCUUUGUGUAUCUUAUUGUCAUAAAAGAUAAGAUACGUAUGUCUCGCUAACCCCCACCUUUGUCUGCUCCUCCUGCUUCCAUCUUUCUCAUGGAUGACCCUUUGAAGAAGUCUAAUCCGCAUUAUUUGCUUUCCCAGGCUUGUGUUGGGUCCCGCUGUGAAUUGACUGUGGAAAAUAUACUCCAGUCUGCCGGCCGCUCCCCGUGUCCUUGAUUUAUCCGAAUAGGAUGUGGCUGAUGGGCGCACGUAAAGCAGUCUGAAUGGCCUAGAGGCUGCUCUGGCAAGAGAGAAGAGGGAGGGAGGCGCUGCAGCUUAUGAAGAUGUGGCUGAGGUUUCGGGGACGUCACGGCAUGGAGAAAAACUUCCUGUUCGCCAAAGAAGGGGCAACCGCACUUGCAGCAUUCUUUGAUGACAGUUCGUCUGGGACUAAAUAUCACUGUGACUGGUCCAAGAGGGAUUCUUGACCCACAGAUGCUACUGCACUUAAACAAGGAGGUGAGUACAUGAACCUCACUUACUAACACAACAGAGACUUUGGAAACAAACACAGCUCACUCAAUAAUCAACGCCGGUACAAAGGUUUGUAUUUGUUUAGGUAUUUGUUUUUUGUCAGACCUGCAGGCUAUAUUAUUGAUUCAUUACUAGUGAGACUAUUUGUGAAGUGCGCCAUGGUAUUUCAAACUGACAGCACCUUUUUAAUGAAGGAAAAGGCAUUUGUGGAUUAACGGAUUAGGCUCUUUGGAACUCAGCAGAAGGAUUUUUUUUCUUUUUAUCAUCAUAGAAAGUCAAGGGUCGCUUUAGCUUUCCCAGUCGCCAUCCUGCAUAGAAGUAGGGCUCUUGAGUUAAAGUGUUGCUUUAGUCGUAAUUCUGUCCCUUCUUUUCACCGCAAAGGCCGGCCUCUACAACAUAGGAAGAAAGGGAGGACUUUUCUCUAUGCGGAUACUCUCAGUCAAAAGUGUGACCUCUGUACCAUGACAUUUCAUCAUCUAAACUUUAUGCCAAUUAUUACUACACCACAACAUGUGAUUUUUAUUGGAGUUUGCACACAUUCACAUAAUGUGUUUUCAUUUACAGAAAUAACUUUAUUUGUCUUAUAAAACCAUUAUUUCAUUUUGAGAUCUGAUUGUGUGGUAUGUGGGCUUCCAUACCUUUAUACAUAAAAUCCUUAGUAGGUAGUCCAUCCGCCAUAUUGGAUGUGGCGGAUCAUACGAUAACUUUUCAGUUUUCGUAUAUGGUGAUAUCAUAUGGAAAACGGAAAACUACUUUGGUAGCUACAAUAAUAAUUAUCACAACAAUAAUCAAUCAUUUUAUUCGCAGGAUUGGGGUAUAAAUAUAUUAGGUAGAUGUGUCUAUGGUUGAUUUUUGGACUCCACGAGUUGGUCACGCCUACCAAGAGAAGUAGCCAAUAGAAAUAGACGUUGAUCUCUGAGUUCCGCUCCGUAGACGCGCCCACUGUAAUUGCCUCCGACAACCGUGCGAACGUGUCGGGGCUGUACGCAUGGCACUGAGUUGUCACUCACAGCUUGUUCCUCGAGUCCGGUUUGACCAGUCGCCGUCCACACCAGGCAGCCAUGUCGGAGGAGAGCGAGUUUGAGAAGACGCUCGCUUCAAUUGGAGGUAAAGAAAGGAUCUAUUUGGUGAGCGAUGUAGCAGAAAGGAAUGAUGAGGGAGGGAGCGAUGCCGACGUCCUGCGGGAGUUCAUCGACGAUUUGUUCGGCGACCAAAGGCCCCUUCCAACCCUCUGUGCGGGCGAGCUCGGCCACGUCUGUCAAAAGGGCCACGGGGACAAGCCUCCCCAGGGGACCCCCGACGAUAUAAACUCGGGAGCCCGCCCGCAUGGCACUCAGAGGACAAUUGUCAAACAGACAAGCAGCUCCAGCCGGCGCAGAACCAUCGAUUGUCCCGCUAUCAUGUUCGUCUUCAGACAGAAUUUCAUCAGCAACCUGGGCUUAAAGGAGGUUCUCAAAGACGUCCGGGCGCGGACCAAAGGAGCCAGCAGCGCUGUGCCGGCCUUGAUUGGAUUAGUGCGCCUCAACUCGGGGGAGAGCGACGAGAGCCGCCGGUGCGUCCUUCAACUGGAGACGCUCAUCCGCAAGGUGUUCCCGCAGCAUCCGUCGGACGCGGUCUGGGUGGGCUCGUUCAUCUCUGGUACUCCGGACAACGUACUCGACAUCAAGAAGAACCUCUGUCGAGUCAUAGCCUAUUCUCAAACCGCAGAUAUUACCCAGGAUCACAGGAACCCGCUUUUGUGGCCUUUCCAGUGUUUGCUCAGGUCUAAUAGAGGAGGGGCAGCCAACAGUCCCCCAACCAACAAGCGAAGAGGUGACUCUAGAAGUGUAGAUGAGAGCAUCCCCUUGAAAAGUAAUUACAAGUCUGCUGGACCUAAUGAAGAAUCAGUCACAACAGACGCUUGACCAAGAGCCCAAUACUGUGAACAAUAAUGUUGGAACAAGCUGCUGUCAAGAGACAUCGGUUUGUCUGGUGCUCAAGUUUCUCAGUCCUGAGCCAAACGGCUACAAUGUAAUACUGACAUGCCUUAUCAUGACAUUUAAAUGCCACCUUGCAUAUGUGCACACUUUCAAGAAAGUACGAUCAGUUAUCAUGCACAAUUUUAUUACUAGUUGAACAAAACUGCUGUUAUGGAAUUUGUGUUAAAGGUAUUUGAGCUACUGAUAGUCUCCAAAAUUCAUUAUCAACAGUUAUAUUUUUGUUAAAAAGCCUCUCAGAAUUGAAUGACUGUCUUUUGUUUCACAGAAUUAUUAUUUUUUAAACAUACUGUGCCUUAAAUUUGUGCUUUUGACAACUGUAGAAGUUAACAAAUUUGUUCUAAUGUUAUAACUAUUUAUUAGACUUAUAGAUUCUGCAUUACUAUUUGAAUAAAAAAUGUCCACCAUU